AGUUAGGUUUAGGGCUUUUGUUCCAAACAGAGGAAAAGCAAAGAAAGAGAGAGUGAGAGUGUAGUUUGUGACUGUGACUGUGACUGUGAGAAUCAGAAAUGGCGUUGGCUUUCGACGAGUUCGGAAGACCGUUCAUAAUCCUAAAGGAACAAGAGCAGAAGAGCAGGCUCAGAGGUCUCGAUGCUCAGAAAGCUAACAUCUCCGCCGGAAAAGCCGUCGCUCGCAUUCUCCGAACAUCUCUCGGUCCCAAAGGCAUGGACAAGAUGCUUUCAAGCCCCGACGGCGACGUCACCAUCACAAAUGAUGGUGCAACGAUCUUGGAGCAGAUGGAUGUUGAUAACCAAAUCGCGAAGCUUAUGGUUGAGCUUUCAAGGAGUCAGGAUUAUGAAAUCGGUGAUGGCACCACUGGUGUGGUUGUGUUGGCUGGAGCUCUUCUUGAACAAGCUGAGCGACUCUUGGAAAAAGGAAUUCAUCCAAUUAGGAUCGCUGAGGGUUAUGAAAUGGCUUCCAGAAUCGCUUUUGAACAUCUCGAGCGUAUAGCUAACAAGUUCGAAUUUGGAGCUUCCAAUUUGGAGUCUCUCAUUCAAACUUGUAUGACUACCUUGUCCUCUAAAAUUGUGAAUCGGUGUAAGCGUAGCUUGGCUGAGAUUGCUGUCAAAGCUGUUCUUGCUGUUGCUGAUCUGGAGAGAAAAGAUGUUAACUUGGAUUUGAUUAAAGUGGAAGGGAAAGUUGGUGGUAAAUUGGAAGAUACUGAGUUAAUUUAUGGAAUCCUUGUUGACAAGGAUAUGAGCCAUCCCCAAAUGCCAAAGCAAAUUGAAGAUGCUAAAAUUGCUAUCUUGACUUGCCCCUUUGAGCCCCCGAAACCAAAGACUAAGCAUAAGGUUGAUAUUGAUACGGUGGAGAAGUUCCAGACGUUAAGGAAGCAAGAACAGAAGUAUUUUGAUGAUAUGGUUCAGCAAUGCAAGGAUGUGGGUGCUACCCUUGUUAUCUGCCAAUGGGGUUUUGAUGAUGAAGCAAAUCAUCUCUUAAUGCACAGGAACUUGCCAGCUGUUAGAUGGGUUGGUGGUGUGGAGUUGGAAUUGAUAGCUAUAGCAACAGGUGGAAGAAUUGUUCCUAGGUUCCAGGAGUUAACUCCAGAAAAGUUGGGAAAGGCUGGUUUGGUUCGAGAAAAAUCCUUUGGUACAACAAAAGACAGAAUGUUGUACAUUGAGCAUUGUGCAAACUCAAGGGCUGUAACAAUUUUUAUUCGUGGAGGUAACAAAAUGAUCAUAGAGGAGACAAAGCGCAGCCUUCAUGAUGCCUUGUGUGUUGCUAGGAAUCUCAUCCGCAACAAUUCUAUUGUAUAUGGUGGUGGUUCAGCUGAGAUUUCCUGCUCGAUUGCUGUGGAGUCAGCUGCUGAUAAAUACCCUGGAGUAGAACAGUAUGCUAUAAGAGCAUUUGGGGAUGCUUUGGAGGCUAUCCCUAUGGCCCUUGCUGAAAAUAGUGGCCUCCAACCAAUUGAAACGGUAUCUGCUGUGAAGUCUCAGCAAAUAAAGGAUAAUAAUCCUCACUUUGGCAUUGAUUGCAAUGAUGUUGGCACUAAUGACAUGCGUGAGCAAGAUGUCUUUGAAACUUUGAUUGGCAAGGAGCAACAGAUCUUACUCGCUACUCAAGUUGUCAAGAUGAUACUUAAAAUUGAUGAUGUUAUUUCCUCAUCGGAAUACUGAUUUUUGUUUUUUAGUUUUAAACUCAAAUGUUAUCAAGAUGCUGAAUAUCUGAUAGUAUUUUGUUCGGUUAGUUUGGUUUUGUUCAGAGUCCGUAUGUUCACUUGAAGAAACUAUAUGUAAGAUUUUGGCACGAUUUUAUAUUGGAGUUGGGUGAUUGUUCU